AUGGAGCAUCUAGCUGUCCACCUCCCAUAUGAGGCAUUGCUUCGUGGACCUGUACAUUACGGAUGGAUGUAUCAGUAUGAGCGAGCCAUGAAAUAUUUGAAGGGAAAAGCAAAGAACCUUGCAAAGGUUGAAGGUUCUAUAAUUGCUGGAAGUUUGACGGAAGAAACUUCUCACUUCACAUCGUACUACUUUGCGUCAAAAGUACGUACUCGGAAAAGAGCUCCAAGGAGAUAUGAUGAUGGUGGUGUCGCGCCAACAUACGCAGUUGCUGGUGUUCCAGACAUCUUUAGCCAGAUUGGGCGACUGGGUGGGAAAUCAAAAGAGGUUUGGUGGUCGAGUGAAGAAGACGCUCAUAGUGCACACACCUAUAUUCUACUCAAUUGUGAGGAUCCAUUGAUUCGUUAUUUUGAAAGCAUAUUUGUUUCACAAGUCGAAGAAACAUUCCCUGGUAUAUCCACAACUGACGUAGACAAAAGGAAAGAUCAACACUUUAUAAAGUGGUUGAAGAAUCAGGUUGAUUUUGACGACGAUGCAGAUUAUCCUAAGUGGUUACACGAAGUAAUUCAAUCUCCACAUGUAAAGGUACAACAAAUUCGAGCCUUUCAUCUUAGCUUCACAAGCAUAUCAAGUUAGCUACCUUCCAUACCC